AUGCGCAGUCCUAUCCCAGGCCUGGGCAGGGUGAUGGUGUUCCUCGCAGCAGCCCUGGCAUCAGCCUCCCUCGCCGUCCCCGAGGGCUGGGGAGAAGAAGGUGUGCAGUACGGACAGGUGGGAACAGACGUGACCCUGUUGUGCACUGGUGCCCGCACUGGCUCGCCGGUGCAAUGGAGACGGGCAGGUGCUGUGGUGCUGCCAGAGGGCUCUGCCAUCCGUCAGGGAGCCCUGGCGUUCGCUGGUUUGGCCACUGCAGGGACCUACAGCUGCCAUGGCCAGGACGGUGGCCUCCUGCACACCGUGUCCCUACGGCUGGGGCACCUGCCAGGGGUCCCAUUUGUGUCCUGCAGGGCAUCUGACUAUGAGACCUUCUCCUGCUCCUGGACGUCCAGCGUGGAGACCUUCCUCCCCACCAGAUACAUCACCACCUACAGGUGA